CUCUUAGCAUCGGCUUCCGACGCAGUCCUCGGCGGAUGCGAGCGAGGGGGGAGCUCUUGUCAUCUGGCCCGGCGGUAGUGUGACGACCCUUUUGUCCCGGGGAAAUGGCUGGCAUUAAAGCUCUCAUCACGCUGUCCUUUGGCGGGGCCAUCGGCCUCAUGUUCCUCAUGUUGGGAUGCGCCCUCCCUGUGUAUGAUAAAUACUGGCCCUUGUUCCUCCUCUUCUUCUACAUCCUCUCGCCCAUCCCGUACUGCAUCUCACGGCGGGUGGUGGACGACACCGACUCGGCCAGCAACGCCUGCAAAGAGCUGGCCAUCUUCCUCACGACGGGCAUCGUCAUCUCCGCCUUCGGUCUGCCCGUCGUCUUCGCGCGAGCCGAACUCAUUGCUUGGGGGGCGUGCGCACUCGUCCUGACGGGCAACAUCGUCAUUUUCGGGACCAUCCUGGGCUUCUUCCUAGUCUUUGGAUCCAAUGACGAUUUCAGCUGGCAGCAGUGGUAAUCCAGCAGAGGGGAGGGGAUCGGAAGCAUUUUUUAUUAUUAUUGUUAUUAUUAUUAUUAGCGCAUUAUUGAUGGUUUUAUCAUUUGGUCGUUGUUGUUAAUAUUUUCAGUAGGGUCCCUCCAAAGCCGUUUCAUACUGGCUUAUUUCACAUUGAACUGACGUGAGUUUUUUUUUUUUUUUUUUUUUUUUAAGUUUGUCUGGCACAGGACAAAGCAGGGUUGGGAAGUGCAGAAUAUCGAAAAAUAAUAUUGCAAUAUUUACACAGUAAUCAAUGUAAUGGAAAUCAAUAUCUAAAAUAUUGAUAUGUCCAAUGAAUUUUUUGGGGACCAAGAAGUCAUUUUUUCUUAAAAACUCACAUCCAUCCAUGAUCUGAGCCGCUUAUCCUCGCAAGGGUCGCGGGAGUGCUGGAGCCUAUCCCAGCUGUCUUCGCACAGCACAUGUACCGUAUUUUCCGCACUAUAAGGCGCACCUCCAAGGAAUGGCCUAUCUUAAAAUUAUUUUUCAUAUAUAAGGCGCACCGCAUUAUAAGGCACAUGGAAUACACGCUACAGUUGAGGCUGGGGUUACGUUAUCCAUUCAUUAGAUGGAGCUGCACUAAAGGGUCAAUAUUGAUCCAUAUAUAAGGCGCACUGGAUUAUAAGGCGCAUUGUUUGCUUUUGAGCAAAUUAAAAGCUUUUAGGUGCGCCUUAUAGUGCAGCAAAUACAGUAUAUUAGAUUUUUCAAAACAAAUCUUUAAGCGGACUUGCACUAAAAAAACUGACCUGAACAAUAAGUAAUAUUUGUUGUUUUUCCCCUCUUAAUUAAUUUUAAAAACUGGAGAUACUGUACAUGUUUUUAUUUUAUCAGCUUUAAAUAAUGUCUAGCGUGUCUCACCAUGUCAUCAAAGCGGCAAUGUUUUCCUUUUAAAUUGGUGUCAUUCAUAUUUCAAUGGUGCUUUUUAAGUACCUGACCUCAACGUGUCAAUCAGGUUUAUCAGAUGUGAAUUGAUAUAAAUUUUGAGCUCAACAUAUUGCACUCAUUAACCGUUGGGACACCCUUUAGAGAUGUUCACUAAGAUGCGUCCAGACUGGAAAUUAGUGACAUGGGGGAAGCCCCCACAGACCAACCAUUUAUGUAGUGAAUUUAAAAAAAAAAAAAAGUUUUAAUAAUGUGCCCCCUUUCUGGUGUUACCAUUAUCUGAUCCCAGAGUAUCGAAACUGUAUCGUGAAAUAUAAGAAUAUAUGUUAAAAUCGAUAUUUUGUUCCACUCCUGCUCUCAAAAAUGUGGUGCCAUAUCAUAAAAGUUUAUUUUUUUCUGUCGUCGCCUCCUCAACGUUCAUUAUCGAUAAUGCAACUGACGACCGUGCAGUCAUGUGACUUUUAUUUAAUGUAAUUACAUUUUUUUGUCAUCCCGACAUCACCUCAGUGAAGGCACUGAUUGUAGUACGAAGCUCUGGAACGAAGGCAGCUCUGUGAACAACUACUGACAUAAUUUGUGUGUUUUGUUCCGUCACACUAAUGCUUUGACGUUUGUCGGAAUGUCCUGAAUAUUUGACGUAGCCGCUGUUGGUGAUUCCCCCCCCCCCUUAAAAAAAAAAAGAUAAAAACAAAGAAUUUCUUGUCUAAUGUUUCCGACAUGGUCUGACCGUGUGUGUUGUGUAACUGUAGCUUGGGCCUCUCUCUCUCUUUUUUUUUUUUUUUUUUUUUGUCUGUCUGUUACUAUUUUGAGCAGUUUCUUCUCACACUUGGCAGUCAUGUCGUAUUUAUUUGGUUUUAUUUAAUGGAACAGCUCACGUUUGAUGCAAUUAUUAUUAUGGCUGAAGUCAGCAUGGCGAGGUUUUUGUUUUUAAAUAAAUUCAAUUUUGGGA